UUUUUUCCACUGGGGUUGAAACCAGAGAUGAUUCACAGCUGUAUGCGCGGAUAGCGCACUGCGCGCUAAGAAACGCGUCCUUUCUACAACAUCGGCUACACAUACAUGAACUUUGCUUUAAACACGUCUCUCUCUUACGGUAUACUUUUGGUUAGAUGUGUUUUUAACUUUGUAGAUGUUCAGCGAGACCAUUUGUACUUCCUGGCGUGUAACUAAUUUGGGCUCAGUAACUAGACGCUCCGACGAAACUUUCCUCAAACGGCGGCUUUCUCUCUUUAUAUUGUAAGUGCAUGUAAUAAUAUUCAUAAAAAUAAUCAAUAUCUGCAUGUUUCUGUUUAUUUAAACAUUUUAUUCUUGUAAUGGCGCUCUUUUUGUUUUGCUCCGAUUUUCUUGCAUGUGUUAUGUAAAAAAGGACUAAGCAGAUUAAAAUUGGUCUUCGUCUGUGUUUUACUGUUAGUCAAAUUUACAUUUUAAAGGACUUAUUGUUAAACCUAAGAUGUCUGCACUCAUAUCAGAGUAUUUCAAAUUUGUUGCCCUCUUCUUCAAGAGUAAAGAUGUUGUAAUCUUUAAUGGACUUAUAGGUUUAGGAACCAUAGCCAGUCAGUCGGCAUACAACAUAUUUGCGUUUAGCUGUCCAUGUUCACCAACAAAGAAUUACAUCUAUGGAGUGACUGCCAUCGGUGUACCCGCCCUUGCUUUCUUUGUUAUUGGGGUAAUGCUCAAUAGAAACAUCUGGGACGUUGUGUCUGAGUGCCGCACGAGAAAAUGCCGAAAACUGUCUGGGACUGCUGCUUUUGCUUUGCUUGGCACCAUUCUGGGAAGAGCAAUUGUCGCUCCAGUCACCUGGUCUGUGAUUUCCCUCCUGAGAGGAGAGGCGUAUGUCUGUGCUUUUAGUGAGUUUAUAGAGCCCUCCACUUUGGACAAUUUCCCUCCAACUACUGAUGCUCCAAAAGUCAUGGCCCGGUUUCCAUGUAAAGAUUUACCUGCUCCGCUGAUGGCUUUCUACGGAGAGGUUGAACGCCGAUUAAAGUAUGAAUCUCAGCUUUUGGGCUGGCUGCUGGUGGGUGUCUUCGCCCUCUCCAUCUUUCUACUUCUCUGUCUAAAAAACUGCUGUGCGGCCCUCGGCUAUCAGCAAGAGGCUUACUGGUCCCAGUUUCGUUCCAAUGAACAAGAACUUUUCCAGCGUACGGCUGAAGUUCACGCUAAAUAUCACGCUGCUGAAAAUGUCAAGAGCUUCUUUGGCUUUGUGGCAUUGGAAAAUCAGGAAAAGGAGCUUCUCACACAGUGUGGGGGUAUCAAGAGCGUCAUUCCUAGUGUGGAGUGGAACCGGAUCACAGGGGUUUACAUGUACAGAGAGAUCAAUGAUACACCCAUGUACAGCCGUUUAAACAAAUGGGCCAGUUACACAAAUGAAAAUGACUGUUAGUCUGUUGAAAAAUAAUUGAACAUGUUAAAUGGUGGUGGGUUUUCUCUAAAAUGCAUUAUGAAUUGUUCAUUUUUAUUGGAUGAUUAAUUUGCUCAUUGUGGUAUUAUUUGGAACUGUAAACUGUAAUUCACGGUUGCUGUUUUUGUUUUAUUAGAUUUUUAUGUGUAAGGAGAAGUUUUGUCAUCGCUGGCAACUUAAAUGGUUAUGUUUUGAUAACGCACAACUUUUUACUGUAGUAUCUGUUUUAAGAGACAUGAUUCACUCUCAGGUUGUGGUGACCUCUUGUUCUUCUUUGUUCACCAAUAAAGUGCCUUUGCUAUGAUACAUUUGCAUAUGAAUGAAUAUAUGAAUAAGAAAGGAUGGACAAGAAUUAAGAAACACCCAAGCAGUAUAUUACUGGCAUGCAUCCACUUAAGUUUAAUCAUCUCUAAAUCAUCCUAAAAACAAAGGUUUGACCCAUUUACUUUGGUACAGAAGGCUCUAUGCAGUGGAAAAGGCUCAGAUAACAAAAAGUUAAGAAAUAAAUGGUUUUGAGUGUUUUUAUAAUUUGUAUUUCACCCUGCCUGUCAAAACCCAGCAAAAGUUUUUUUUGUAUGUGUGUGAUAUUCUGUACUGUUGUCUACAUAAAAUCAUACUAAAUAAUGUAAAGAUCAUUCUGUGAAAAUAUAACCUUGAUAUAUUUAAUAUUGACUAAGGCCAUGUCAAAUGUGGAUAUCAGUGAUUGAAAUCAAACUUUGAUGCUUCUAAUCUCAUAAUUAGAUGCAUGCGGGCUGUUUAUCUGUGUGUCUAGCAUGAGCGAAAAACUGUUGCCUACAUCAGUUGACUAAAACGGCAAUUAAAUAUCAGUGAAUUUGUCACAUUCUCAAUUUCAUUAUGUUUUAUGUUUACAAUUACUUUGUAUUUGGCAGGAUUUAUGUUAAAAUAUCCCCAAGAAAAUAUUCCCUGUUAAAUCUGUCUAUUGUGUUCUCUCAGAAAUAAAGGUACAAAACUGGUGUGGUACUUUCAGAAAGUACAAA